GCCCCAACAUACCCACGCUCGUCUCCAUGAGUUAGAGAGUCUUUAUACCUUCUCGUACAAGCAAAACGUUACUCGUUCUGAAGUAUGAUAAUUUUUUAACGUCACAUACUGUUACGUCAUAAUUAUGCGAACCCGACAACCAGCAGGAUAACCUCAGAACAACAGCCCACGCCAACACCAUAAGGAACAUCCAGGAUGAUCAUUUUGCAACCAUUGUCAUACAUCCUGUACAUCGCCAAUCGCGUGUACGCGUACUGGUCCCUAUGCGUCAACUACACCCUCUACGCCAUCCUCUACUACUUCCUCGGCGGUAUCCCUCCAUCUUACACCACACGUCCGAACCCAUCCAAGGGAUAUCGUCCAAGCGUUUUCGUUACGGGCGCAGAUGAGGGGAUCGGGAAGGCCAUUGCGUUUGAUCUAGCGAAUCACGGGUGGACCGUCUGGGCGGGUGUCUUGAAUGAUGCGAACGGGCUCAAGCUUGAAGCUGAUUGGGGAACGCAUGAGGAUCCGCAGCCGGAGAGGCCGGUUGCUGGCGGAGGUCUGUACUACAUGGUAUGCAAUGUCUUAGACAAGGAAGCUAUCGCUUCCGUUGUCAAAGACAUGACCGCGCUCUCUUCAAACCGCCGUGACUGCCCGCUCACCGCCGUCGUCAACGUUGCCGGCUUCUGUAUGAUCUCGCCGAUGGAACAAACUUCCCGUGCUGAUAUUCAGCGGAUGAUUGAUCUCGAUCUCAUGGCUUACAUCGACGUCACCCGCGCCUUUCUCCCUUUGCUCAAAAAGCGCCAAGGUCGUGUGGUCAAUAUCGGGAGUUACGGAGGCUACAUGCCCGUUCCGGGGUGGGCAACGUAUAAUGCAGUUAAAGCCGGCUUGGAAAACAUGACGAGGGCGUGGAGUUAUGAGACGACGAAGCUUGGGGUGCGGAUGACCACUGUGAGGCCGGGAUGGGUGAGGACGGAGGGAAUCGGACCGAAGAUCAUGGAGGCGAUGAAGGAGUAUGACAAAUCGAGCACCGCAGUUGGGUUUGAUUCGCUCGGGAAUGCGAUGGAGCCCGAACAUCCCUCUGCGGCGGCAGAGGCGAAGGCGUAUAAGACCAUGAUGGAAAAGUGGAAGAAGCAGGUGGGGACGCAGACGCGUCUGGGGACGCCGGCGGUGAAUGUGGCGAAGACGGUGCGGGACGCGUUGAGUGAGGCUUGGAUGCAGCCGGUGUAUACGGUAGCGUAUGAUGCCCUGCUCAGUCAGAUGUUCAGGGAUUUUCUGCCGGAGCCCGUGAUGGAGUGGUUGACUAUGAAAUCGUUUACGUGAACAUGAGUAAUCCAAAACUUGAGAUUCGCUACCAAAAAUUACUAUCAACAAAAUACUU